AUGCAUCGCACUGAAGCUGGAACCGCCAGUAGCGCGGAGGAUGCGGCACUCCGCGCCUCACCCGAGUCUGCGAGCAGCGCUCUGACGUCCAUGGAGCCUCAGGAAGCAGUCGGGUGCCAGGAGGUCCCGUCCAUGAAAGACCCCCUGGCCGUGCUGAAUGCCAUCCAUCAGGUGUUGGUUUCGGCAGGAUUGCAUGCAGAGCUCUCGCUACCCACCAUUGCAGUGGUGGGAUCGCAGUCUGUGGGCAAGACAUCUGUUUUGCAGAGCCUCGUGGGCAGAGAUUUUCUACCACGAGGAAGCGGGAUAGUGACCCGGCGGCCGUUGAUUCUGCAGCUUCAACAGGUCCGCAAUGCAGGAGCCGGACACAGCGAGUGGGCAGAGUUCCAGCACAGCAAUCGAAGGUUUAGUGACUUCGGCGACGUCCGCAGAGAGAUCGAAGCCGAAACGGCGCGUGUGUGUAGUGGCAGUCGCAGUGUCAGCGACGAGCCGAUCCUUCUCAGAAUCUUCUCUCCGGCAGUCAUGGACUUGACCCUUGUCGACCUACCCGGACUGACCAAGGUACCAACCGGUGACCAGCCCAAGGACAUCUCUAAGAGAAUCCAGAAUCUGGUCAAGAAGUACGUGGCUAGCAGCAACACUCUGAUCCUUGCCGUGUCCGCGGCAAACGUCGACUUGGCCACCUCGGAUGCGCUUGCUUUGGCCCGAGAGGUGGAUCCUCAGGGUCAGCGCACAGUCGGGGUGCUCACGAAGCUGGACCUGGCAGAGGAACAGAGCACAGCCUUCGAAGCACUUGCGGGUGAAGUCUACCCACUUCGCCUGGGCUACACCGCGGUUGUUUGCAGGAACGAGAAGUCAAGCCAGGCUGGGAUGACCUUCGAGGAUGCACUGAAGGAGGAACACGAUUUCUUCACGCGACAGCAGCGCUUCGAACCACUGCUGUCCCAGUGCGGCAUUCCCAACCUCGCACAGCGACUGCAAUUCCUGCUCUUGAACCACAUCAGAGAGGCUUUGCCUUCCCUGCGCACGAACGUGCAGCAAGUGGCUGGGAAGUGUCGCGAGGAGCUCGCGACUCUCGGCGACGAAAACCUGGAGAAGCAGAUGGGGCAAGGGCCACUCUUGCUACAUUUGAUCUCCUGCUACGUGCGUCAUUUCGGUGACUUGCUUGAGGGCCGCGUCGAGCAUCGUCUACAGGAACCUCCGCCAGCCAAGCUGGUUGGUGGCGCUCGGAUCCAUCACAUUUUCCAUCGAGUGUUCGCCCAGGAGAUACUCCAGUUCGAUGCCUUCACGGGGCUGUCUGACAUGGACAUCCGCGUUGCAAUGAGAAAUGCUGCUGGCCCUAAGCCACAGCUUUUCGUGCCAGAGAUCGCCUUCGAAAGGAUGGUGAAGCGCCAGAUUCAAAAGCUGGAAGAUCCGGCCCUUCAGCGGCUAAGCUGCAAAUAG